AUGAGAAUCGAAGGUUGCAUAUUUGAUCUGGAGUUUCGGACGAGGAGAGACGGGAAGUUCAUAGCGUUGGGGAAGCCUGAGGGUCAUCCGAACUCUGGCCGUAGCGUGGGUCAAUGCGGGGUCACACCCUGCACCCUGGUGACAUGCAGAAACGGAGGGACCUGUGUGGACUCUGGAUCCUCUGUCUACUGCCAGUGCCCAUUCGGCUGGAAGGGAGCACUCUGCUCUGAGACCGUGUCUGUGUGCGACGCUGAACACCGUCCCCCUCCCUUGUGUGCCCGUGGUUCCACCUGCGUACCCCUUCCAGACGGAUACACCUGCCUCUGCCCCUUGGGCACCGGCGGACUGCACUGUCAGCAAGCCAUGGCCAUCAGUGACCCGUUCUUCAGCGGUAACCAAUCAUCCUGGAUGUCUUUCCCUCCAGUCAGCAUCAGACACAGGACAGACCUCAGGCUGCAGUUCCAGACUCUGUCACCAGAGGGCAUCAUCUUCUACACAGCACAGCACCUCAGUGCCCGGGCCGGAGACUUCUUCUGUGUGUCCCUGACAUCGGGGUUGGUCCAGCUGCGUUACAACCUGGGUUCUGGAACCAACGUGUUACAGUCCACUAACAGAGUGGACACCAGCGGAGGGACCUGGCACACGGUGAGGGCAGGCAGGACAGGCCACCAGGGGUACCUGGUUCUGGACGGGCUGGAGGUGAAGCAGAACAACACAGAGGGAGGGAUGUCCACUCUGGACGUGGCCACGGACCUCUUCGUCGGCGGGGUCUCCGACCUGAGCUCCAUCUCUACGUUCUCCGUGGAGAACGAGCCUGUGGGUUUUACCGGAGGCGUGAGAGAGCUCGUCUUAAACGGACACGACUUUGACCUGACGGCGACAGGGGCCCUGGCAGGGGCCAAUGUGGGCGACUGGGACGGGACUGCGUGCGGGUACAAGGUGUGCCAGAACGGCGGCCGCUGUACUCCGUUGAGCGGCGCUGAUUCGGACUCGUUUAUGUGCACCUGCCCUCCUCGGUGGACGGGUCCUGUGUGUAACCAGGCGGUGUAUUGUGUCAAUAACCUGUGUCAACAUGAAUCAUUGUGUUUGGCUGAUCUUGUGACCGGCUCAUACGACUGUUUCUGUCCUCUCGGGUGGGAGGGGAGGUACUGCGAUAAGCAGGUAGGCCUAUCCAUGACCACUCUGAAGUUCGUUGGGAAAUCAUAUCUGAAAUACAGGGAUCCUAAAUUCAACACACGGAAUCUGAGGUACACGCAGGUUUCGUUUAACUUUACAGCCAGCGGGAACGAAGGGUUGAUUCUGUGGAUGGGAAGAGCGGCGCACGAUGACGACGAUUACCUUGCUGUCGGGCUUCAGGCGGGCCACCUCAAAAUCGCAGUCAACCUCGGAGAGAGGCUCUCCCUCCCGCUCACUUUCAGAAACGUCACGUUGUGUUGUAACAAAUGGCAUUAUUUAUCUAUCUCUCUGAACAGCACCAUUAUUCAGGUGUUCCUGGGUGACGAGAGGGUCCUUUUCGAAGACGUGGACCCCUUCGAGCGUUACGUUGCCAUGAAUUACGGGGGUCUGUUGUACUUGGGAGGGUUCGAGUUGCUCAGGAACAUCUCAACAGUGACGUCUGGGCUGUUUACCAAAGGAUUUGUGGGAGAUCUUAAAGACGUGCGUUUGUAUCAGGACCCCAGACAACUGCAGUUCCUCCAAAACAGCGAAGGAUUUAAUGUUCACAAAAGUAAUGAGUAG